UGCCGCCGAGACGCCCGGGCAAGGUGGGUCAAGUUCGGCGAGGGCUCAAAUAGGAUGCGCAGGAGAGGCUCUCGACAGGCCCCCAAAGUCUGGGCAGUGCCAGAGCCUCAAUCGAAGGACCAUCAUCCUAUCACAUAGCGGCGCCUCCUUCGCUCGAACACCCCUUCCAAAACAUUUCCACUGGCCUAUCUCCGUAGGUCUCAAGGUUAUUCUCGCACGUUCCCAAUCCAAUCAUGAGAAUCCGGGAUCUCCUGAACGAGUCCGAGGAAGACCUCACACGGGGAUCCACACAAGUAUCCCCACAAGGCACCCCUGUAUUUUCAGGACAUCCACGGCUCCGUGUUGGGUCGCCGGCCAUCCCUUUAUCUGGUGUGCCAGUGUCCUCCAUACUGCUCCGAAGUGGCUGUCCAUGUGAGGCGCAUAAAGGUGUUUCCAUGUCCGGGGUAUAUCUGCAUCCACUGGAUCAGUAUUGUUCCGCACUCUUGACUUCAGAAAGGGAAAUAGCACUGCAGCCGACUCGUCCUCGAUCCUUGGCGCCCAAGGAUGCGGCCUCAAAGUUGGCUCGUUCCAUCCGUACCCAUGAUUCACUCGUCAAAGGACCAGUUCUCAGUUCUGCAGCCCGGAAGUUGUUCAUUUGCCCCCAUUGUCUGAUGGACUUUGGUCGGAAACAAGAGCUCAGUCGACACAUCCGAUGUGUGCAUACAGUCGAUAUGCCAUGGGUGUGCCCAGCCUGUCUCAAAGGAUUUGGAAGGAUUGAUGCCUUGAGGUGCCAUUUUUCCACCAAGAGGGCUCAAACCGAAGGUUGUCGAUUCAAGCUCGGAGGGCUUCCCAUUGCAUCGUUGGUUUCACUUUCAUCGGUCUCGUCUUGCCACAACGACUGAUGUCCUGAUGGUUCGACAAAUACAGCACACCCAAUACGAAACGGGCCACUGUGUGGAGCCAGAGUUGCCAUUUUCCCGAAUGCUGAAUACACCCAUCGCUCGAU